AUGUCUGCAGACUACGUGAUAGUAGGCGGCGGCACCGCCGGUCUGGUCGUUGCCAAUCGUCUCUCUGAAGAUGAAAAUACCAGCGUCAUCGUACUGGAAGCUGGUGAUGAUCGGACAGAGGACAACCAAGUCCAGAAUCCGAUCUGCUGGCCCAGUCUGAUCGGAUCAGUGCUGGACUGGGAGUUUAAAACAGUUCCUCAGACUGGCCUCAAUAAUCGUGAACAAGAGCAUCCUGCUGGCAAGGUCUUGGGCGGUUCAUCCACGAUCAACGGCCUUGUUUACAUUCCCCCUUCGCCCGCUGGCAUCGACGCGUGGGCCAGGCUGGGCAAUGACAAGUGGAACUGGAAUGCUCUCCUGCCAUAUCUGCAACGAUCAUACCGUCUGCGAGCUCCUGAUGAGAUUAAAAAAGAGUUUAACCUAGACGCACACAAUACAGGCAGAGGUCCUAUCAGUGUCUCUUAUCCAUCUCUCGCAGACGAACGGAACCACCCCCUCAUCAAUGCCUGGAAUGAUACAUUCAAAGAACAGGGCUACGAAUUUACAGGCAACUUUCUUCCUGAAAAGACGGUCGGCACGCGUCCAUAUACAGCUACGACGCAUGAUAGGUGGGGUCUGGGUGAUUGUCGGAGUGCCAGUGAUACCGAGUAUGGCCGGAAUGCAUUCAUUCGGCCAAAUUUAGACGUUCGCACUGGCGUGACUGUUCGACGCGUCCUCUUCUCCUCUGCAUCUGGAGAAGCUAUCGCCACUGGUGUUGAGGUCUACACGAGACAAGGACUUGUCACCAUAAAGGCAAAGGAAGAAGUUAUUCUCGCGGCGGGCGCGUUCAACACUCCGAAGAUUCUCGAGCUUUCUGGCAUUGGCGAUGGUCGUCUUUUAUCCAAAUUGGGGAUUCCAACUAUCAUAGAUAACCCCGGGGUUGGGGAGAACCUGCAGAAUCAUCUCAUGAGCUUUCUUCCGGUCCCGGUGAAGAGGUUUACUGAGUUAGAUAAUGCUCCCCCUGGCAUCAAAGCACUGGGGUUUGUGAAUCUUGACCAACGCGAACAAGCAGAUCUACUAUCCAGAUUCUCUCCACAGUCCAAGCACGACGAGGUUAUUCGCUCCAUCAUCCAGAAUCCCGAUGAAGCCUCAGCUACUGCCCUGCUCAGUCUAUGCGAGACAUCUGAACAUGCGGCUAUCGUGGUUCUGUUUCCCAGUUUUCCGAUUUCCCGUGGUAGCACUCACGUCUCCUCUCAAGAUGCGUACGUGAAGCCAACUAUCGACCCGCGAUUUCUGUCCAAGCGAAUAGAUUUGGAAAUCAUGGCUCGUCUCGUUCAGAAUCUCCAUCAGGUGCCUGCCAGUCCUGCCUUUGAGGAGUUCUUCGAAUACACCAAUCCAGGACUUGAUCUAGAUGCGAUUAAGGAAUCAAUCCAUGAACGGGCUAUCAGCACACAUCAUGUAUGUGGAACAGCUGCAAUGCUUCCAAAGGAAGAUGGAGGUGUGGUAGAUCAAAACCUGAGGGUAUACGGCACGGGCAAUCUCAGGAUAGCCGACGCGAGUAUCUUUCCACUGAUUCCCAGCGCAAAUCCAAUGUCGACAGUCUAUGCCGUGGCAGAGAGAGCAGCAGAUUUGAUUCGAUAUAGACAUUUCUAAUGUCAUCAAAUGCCAUCACAUUGUCACAUUGACUAUACUGAUGAAGGAAAUAUGCAAUAAACAAAAUGCUAAUUUGAUACCACUUGACCUUCAUACAAAUAGUGUCUGUUCUAUUGGCAUCACUUCGGCAUCACGCAUGCCUAAUCUUCCUUUCCACACCAAUGUAAUCAACUCCGUUUCU